AUGGCCACAAAGAAGAGAGAAGAUGGAGAUGAACUGAAGGUUUCGGAGGCAGUGAGUUUGUUGUUUUGAGACUCUUGGGUCCGUGGAUGAUGUUAAUCUAAUAUAAUUGUUUUAGUUUUCCCGCGCAUUACAGAAGAAUUCAGAAUGGGCCGAUAAAGACGAUCUCCUGGAUGUUCUCUAUUGGGGGCGGCAGAUCUUGGGAUUGCUUGUGGGCAUUGUUUGGGGCCUGAUUCCUCUCAAAGGACUCCUCGCUAUCUUGAUUUACGUCGCGAUCUCAACCUUUGCCGGUCAUUUCUAUGUCACUUCAUAUCAAGGGGUAAGUUUGGGUCGGCACUGAAUGCAGAAUACAUGGCAGAUUUGCAGUUGUUCCAAGUUUUAAUAGCUGUUUUGAACAAUUCGAUAUUAGGUAGUCAUGUGGAAUGUAAUUACAGUAUCGUAUCAAUGGUUGUUGUUAUUUCAGCAAGACGAAGAGAACUUUGGUGGAUUCUGGGAGCUGGCCAAAGAAGGAUUCGCUUCGGCCGUGGCCACAUUCCUUAUCGCCUGGAUCACCAUCUACUCGGCUGUCAACUUUAACUAG